AUGGUGCCUCUCACAACACCGGAGCUGGUUGCAUCGCUCAAUGGGCGCGCUGUGUUGCCUUUGCUGCUUGUUUGCGCAGUUUUAGCUCGUGCGGUCGUCAGACGGUACUGGACGCCUAUUAGGGACAUUCCAGGUCCCUUUUUGGCGUCGUUCUCGAGUCUCUGGCAGGUCUAUCAGCUAUGGAAAGGCCACACCGAGGAAGAGAUUAUCAAACUGCACAAAAAACAUGGUUAUUUUGUCCGUAUCAGGGACAAUGAAGUCAGCGUAUCUCAUCCCGACGCAGUUCGACAACUCCUUCACGCUAAUAUCGUUAAAGGUUCAUGGUAUUCGAUCUUCAGUCUUCCUGACUAUCACUAUGUGAACCAGAUGUCGGAAUUAAAUCCUCGGCGACACAUCGAGAAGGGUCGCAACGUCGCAUCGGGAUACGCUCUUUCCAACAUCAUCAAAUCUGAAUCCUACGUCGACGUAGUUUUGGAUCUUUUCACUUCCCGUCUGGACGACUUCUGCAAGUCCGGCGAGCCGGUCGAGUUUAACAGGUGGUUCACCUUUUUCGCAUUCGACGUCCUCGGCGAAGUCACAUUCUCCAAGUCUUUUGGGUUCAUCGAGUCUGGAAAGGAUAUCCGGAACGCCAUCGCAAAUACCCGAGCACUGGCUCUUUACAUUGCUGUGAUGGGCCACUACACCUGGCUUCAUAAUCUGACCCUAGGGAACCCUCUUCUUAGCCGGAUGGGCAUCCAGCCCACGUCGCACAUCUUCGAUACCUGUCUUGCCGCUAUUGAUACGCGGAAGAAGAAUCCUGAUGCCCGGAGUGAUAUGAUGCAGAAGUGGAUGGAUACUCGCGCUAGGUAUCCUGAUCGUAUGGAAGAGAAUGAAAUCUUCGCGGCUGCUGUUGCGAAUGUUGGUGCUGGUGCAGAUACUGUCAGCGCCACGACACAGUCCCUUUUCUACUUUUUAAUUCGAAAUCCCCACCAUCUGCAACGGCUGCAUGAGGAGCUCGAUGCUGCUCACGCUCGUGGAGAACUUUCGCCUGUGAUCCAACAUGCCGAAGCACAGAACCUGCCUUUUCUUCAAGCUUGUAUCAAAGAGGCAUAUCGGUUCCAUGCCGCCGUGGCACUCGGUCUACCACGUGUCGUGCCCAAAGGGGGGAUGACAAUCGGUGGUCGUUUUUUCUCGGAAGGCGUCAUUCUGAGCGUCAAUCCUUGGGUCUUCCAUCGAAACCCUGAGCUCUUCGGCGAAGAUUGCGACAGCUUCAAUCCAGACCGUUGGCUGCAAGGUGAAACUCAAAGAAUGGAUUCAUUUUUGAUUCACUGGGGUGCUGGAUACAAUCAAUGCCCAGGGCGAAACCUCGCUCACUUCGAAAUCUCAAAGCUUGCGGCCACAUUAUUUCGGGAUUACGAUAUUCAGCAAGUGAAUCCUAAACAAGAAUGGCAAUUCCAAAACCAUUUCACAUAC